AUGUGGAUCUUAGAACCUCAAGUCCUCGUCGUUGGAAUUGAAGGAUCAGGAAGAUACACAUUCGAGCAACAGCUGAACCUCCCUGGCGGUGGCGGGAUCACCACAAAAUCCAUCCUCACCACCUCUUCGUUCGGAUGCGACAUCAUCGACCAGGACAACAUCACCCUCUCGCUCUCGGUAUACGGAGGGAACCAUUCUAUGAUAUGGCACGGCAACUCUGGAACCGCCAGCGUUGUCUGUGUGGUCGACUCUUCGGACGAGGCCAAGAUUGAGUUAACAAAGGUUACGUUGGGGAGGUUCUUUGAAAGGUAUGAGAAGUUGUUGAGGAAGGCAGUAUUGUUGGUGAUGGCUAAUAAGCAGGAUCGGCUGGACGCCUUGUCGGUGACGGAGGUGAAGGAGAGGCUGGAGCUUGAGACGCGGUUCAAGGGACGGCGGUGGCAUAUCCAGGGGACUAAUGCUGUGUCUGGCCUUGGAAUCAAGGAAGGGCUGGACUGGAUGGCCAGGCAAAUCUAG